GAUUAUAAUAAUUCUUUCAGUGGAGUCUAGGAAAUUUCGUUUUGGAAAAAAAUAAAAGAUAGGUAAUGGAUUCAGUGCUUUGUAACUCCAGCUGUUGAAUGUUGAGCAUCUCUUGCUGCAAAAAAUAGUCCAACUAUUCAACCAAAGCAUUUUACCUUCAUCUGUUAAGAGUUUCACAGAAGAUGCCUGAAGCUGUACUUAGUUUUGUUAUUGUAAUCUUGAAUAAGAUACUUCCACUAGCUGCCCACGAGGUCAGCCGGGUAUGGGGUGUCAAGAAAGACCUUGAGAAGCUUGCUGAGGAAGUACAGAUGAUGGAAGCUUUGAUUCUUGAUGCUGAAGGCAAGCAAUCAACAAGCAAAGCCGUGCAGCUUUGGCUGAAAAGGCUCCAGUCCAUAGCACGUGAUGCGGAGAUCGUGUUAGAUGACUUCGGAUAUGAAGUUCUGCGGCAGAAGGUUGAGAAUCGGAAGCGCGACAAGGUACGCAACUUCUUUUCUUCCUCAAAUCCUAUUUCCUUUCGUCUAGAGAUGGCUAACAAGAUCAAGAAUGUUAGCGCAUCUCUAGAGGAAGCAUACAGACGUGCAAAUCAAAUAGGGCUUCAUCCAGUUCAACUACCCAUGACAUCUGCUGAUCACAAAGAGGAUCGGUGGACUGAUCCUUUUGUGGAAGAGUCAGAAAUGGUGGGAAGGGAAGUUGAGGUAUCUCAAGUUGUAAGCAUGUUAAUUAGCUCAGACUAUAAGAAGGAUUUACCUGUCAUCUCAAUAGUUGGGAUGGGUGGCCAGGGUAAAACAACCCUUGCACAGCUGGUGCUAAAAAAUGACAGUGUAGUGAAACAUUUUGAUGAAACAAUAUGGGUUUGUGUGUCUGAUGAUUUCAAAGUGGAAAGGCUGUUGAAUGAGAUGCUACAAUCCCUCGAGGGAAAAAGUGCUGACACAAUAAACAGGGAAACAUUGGUGAAGGAGCUUCAAGAUAAUCUGAAAGGAAAACGUUACUUGCUUGUGCUUGAUGAUAUUUGGAACGAGAAUCGACAGAAAUGGGAUGGCAUGAGGAGACGUUUGUUGGCAAUAGGGGGUGCUUCAGGAAGCAAAAUAUUGGUUACCACACGUAGUGAUGAGGUAGCCUCAGCAAUGCAAACAUCUGGUUUGCAUCAUCUAGACAUCCUCUCAGAUGAUCAUAGCUGGAUGUUGUUUGAAAAACUAGCUUUUACAGAUGGUGGUGCAAGAAAGACUCAAAAUCUGGUGGACAUUGGCAAAAGGAUACUGAAAAAGUGUGGCGGUGUGCCAUUAGCUAUCAAAGUGAUUGGGGGUUUGUUGUAUUCCAAAAAGGAUGCCUCGGAAUGGUUGAAGCUUGAGAAGAGUGAAAUAUGGAAUGAGUCGGCCAAUAAUGAAGGUGGAGUCAUUUCUGUCCUGAUGCUGAGUUGCGAAAACUUACCUUCAUUGUCAGUGAAACAAUGCUUUGCAAGUUGUUCCAUUUUCCCGAAGGACACUGACAUGGAAAAACAAAGCUUGAUACAGAUUUGGAUGGCCCAGGGAUUGAUUAAUGAUGCCAAGGGAGGUCAUUUGCAAAUGGAGGAUGUAGGCAGUGACUAUUUCAACAUAUUGCUUCGGAGUUCUUUGUUGCAAGCUACUUCUGAGAAUUCCAUUAAUGGAAUCAAGCGCUGCCGGAUGCACGACCUUGUGCAUGAUCUUUCAUUGCAAGUGUCAAAUAAUUGUUUCUUAAAUACAGAGGAUGGCAUGGUAGUCAGUCAUGAUGAUGAAGUCAUGCAUUUGACCAUUAUUCUGAGUCGAGGGAUGGUGUUAAAGAAGAUCGAAGGGAUUCCUCCAAAUUUACAAACGCUUCAUCUUGUGGGUCGUGGUAUUGUGCUCGAAGACAUAUUGGAAACAUCUAGAUAUCUUUGUGUGUUAAUAGUAAACUGCCGGGAUGUUGCUCAUCUCCCGAAUGCAGUUGGUAAUAUGAAACAUUUAAGAUAUCUUGAUAUCUGUAAAACUCGUAUCAUCACUCUGCCAGAUUCCAUCACAAAGCUCUACAAUUUGAUGACCUUGAAAGUAGUUUACUUGAAAGAGAUACCUAAGAAGUUUAGCAAUUUAAUUAACUUGAGGCAUUUCGAGUUUUCCGAGUUUCUUUGGGAGACCCGAUGUUUGUUCCCGGGAAUUGGGCAGCUGGCUAAUCUUCGGACAUUGCCCCACUUCGUGGUAAGCCAAGACAAGGGAUGUCAACUUGAGGAGUUGGAACACUUGCGCAACCUCCGAGACAAGUUAGAAAUAUUUGGACUUGAGAAUGUGAGCAGCUUUGAAUCAGCAGCAAAAGCAAAGUUGUCCGAAAAAUCAAGCAUUCAAGAUUUAAGACUUUCAUGGGAUGACAGGAAAGAAGAUUGUGAUGACAACAAUAUCAAUAGUGUCAUGGAAGGUCUCCAACCUCACCCAAACUUGAAAAGUUUAUCCAUUAACGGUUUCAAAGGUUCAAGGUUUCCGUCGUGGAUGGUGGCAAAGGAUCAUUUGAUACUUCGGAAUCUGGUACGCCUCAGGUUGGAGAAAUUGGGCAAGUGUGAACAAGUACCACCACUAGGGAACUUGCCUUGUCUCGAGUCCUUAGUGAUGUUCUCCUUACACAAUGUGAAGCGCAUUGGGGCUGAAUUCUAUGGUCUUGAACAUCUUGAUAUUAAUGCAAGGAGCAGCAGUUGUAGUAGCAGUAGCAGAGCGGUGAAACCAAUCACUCUGUUUCCGAAACUAUGGCGUUUUGAGUUGGAGGGCAUGGGAAGUCUGGAGGAGUGGUCAGAUGCAAUGGUUCCCUCGGAUUCUUCUUCAUCAAUUAAGGUAUUCCCUAAUCUCCGGGACUUGAGAAUCAAUAAGCUCCCCAAGUUGGCAGUUUUACCGGAUAUGGAGAACUUGACAUCUCUUAAAUCCUUACACUUAGGGGAUUGCGGAAGUUUGUCUUGUAUAAGGAAUUUGAAUAGCCUUACAUCUCUUGAAUCCUUAAUCGUAGAAGACUGCCCUACUUUAGAUGUUUCUCUGGACAUGAAAAACCCCCAAUCCCUACGUACUCUAACCAUCUUAGGAUGUGAUAACUUGAAUCCUUCAUUGAGUAAUAAUCUUGAGAAGUUCACAUCGCUUGAGCGGUUGUGGAUCCGUUCUCAUGACCCUGGUUGUUGGGCAAAGGGUCUACACCAUCUAGCCAACCUCCGCGAGUUGGAACUCCAUGGCUUCUCUGAUGAACUUGAUCAUUUCCCGUGGCCAGACUCCAUCACCAACGUUGCCAGCGGUGCCAAGAACGAUGCUGAUUCUGCAACACAACAUCUCGUCUCUCUGGAGCGUCUUGAAUUGUCUGGAUGGCCAAAAAUCUCGUCUCUCCCAGAUCAAAUUCAGCAUCUCUCUACCUUGAGAACCUUAAAGAUACGGGAGUUUGAGGGGUUGGAAGUUCUUCCAGAGUGGAUAGGUAGCCUUCGGAAUCUUCGAGGAUUGUGGAUUGCUAACUGCUCUAACCUCAGACAAUUACCCUCUGCAGAAGCAAUACGACACCUCACCAAUUUAAAUCGACUAGUUAUCCACUACUGUCCUCUUUUAGCAGAGAGAUGCACCAAAAGAAGUGGCGCAGAGUGGCCCAAAAUUGCACAUAUUCCCGAUAUUGGUAUCUAUCCGUUCAACAAAGUUUGACUCGUUUCGCGUUAGGGAAACAAACCCCUCCCUCCAACCUAAUCAAGGCAAUUUAUUCAUCGUCUUCCACGUUGUGAAAAGAAAAUGCUCAUCCAUCACAAAAAAGAGGAGCAGUUUCCUCAAGCUGCCUUAUAGAUGCCAGAUGUCUGCUGAUUGUCUGAUUUAUUCUUGGAUUUACCUGCUCUCUCCUUUGAGGUGCAUUUCUGUUUCAAGCUGUAACUUAUGAAGAUGGACACAGAAUCAGAAAAAUGAAGAUAGAUUAAAG